UGACUAAGAAAAUAAACACUUGUGUUGUCAUCGCUUAUUUUGGUGUAAACAGGAACAGUCUAGAAUUUCGACCAAAUGUGAUUUAUGGUUUAAUAUACUGGUACAUUUAGGCUAGAUUCCUCUUAAAAACUGGUCAAUUACAGAAAAAAACUGGAUUAUUUACCUCGUUUACAGAAGUCAACAAAAUUCAGGGCGCCAUGCUAGAGGGUGAUGGGGACAUUCAAGUGGACCGGGACACCACGCGGCCCACACGCGCCUGGGACCGCAUCGCCGUCAAACAGACGGUCACUAAGGUUACUCCACUAGACCCGGCCAUGCCCCUUAGUGAGGGAAAGCUGAGGGUCGUGUGUAUCUCGGACACCCACAUGCGACUAGAGGCCCUGCCUCAUCCCGUGCCGUCUGGGGACAUUCUUCUGCAUGCGGGAGACUUCACAAAUACCGGACUUCCGACAGAGAUCAAGGCGUUUGAUGAUUUCAUGGGUACAUUGGAUCACCCUGUGAAGAUUGUGAUUGCCGGAAACCAUGACCUAACCCUGGAUAAAGACAUGGUGAAAAACAGGCGGGAAUACCUUAAAACAAAUUUUCGAAUAACAGAGAAAGUGUAUGAGGAGGUUUUGGAGAGGCUUGGUGUGACCGGAAGUCAUGAGCUGCUCACGAAUUGCGUGUAUCUGGAGGAUGCCGGGAUAGACGUAUGUGGUCUACAUGUGUACGGCUCGCCAUGGCAGCCGGAGUUCUGUGACUGGGGUUUCAAUCUCCCCCGGGGCCAGGCGUGCCUAGAGAAGUGGAAUCUCAUACCCGAUAAAACAGAUAUCCUUAUUACUCACGGACCGCCCAUUGGCCAUGGUGAUGCGUGUUUCGACAAACAACGGGCGGGAUGCGUGGAGCUUCUGGCGACAGUCCAACGCAGGGUACGGCCCAGGCUCCACUUGUUUGGCCAUAUACACGAAGGUUACGGCGUGACGUCAGACGGCACGACGACGUUCGUGAACGCAUCCACGUGUACACUGCGUUACAAACCGGACCACGCGCCUCUCGUGUUCGACGUUUCCAUACCCCCGGGCCACACAAAAGCGGAACUCGCCCAGAUAAAACCGCAUCGCCUUGUCCGCUAGCAACCUAUGGCCACACAUGAGAAAAAGGCUUCGUGACGCAUGUGUUUCAUGGCAAUGAGGCUAAUUGUGAUAAAUGAAUACUGAAUGUUCAGUCAAUAUGAUAUGGUAUGACUUCUCAAAUACUUUACUAUAAUUGAUUGAAUAUAUGUGCACUGUCGGACCGUAUUUGGUACAAAAACGAAUAUGGUACAAAUUUGUACCAUAUUCGGCCGAAUAUGGUACAACUGUCUAAUUGUACCAUAUACGUAUCUGCAGUUUUGGGGUAAAAUGCCUGACCAAAUAUGGUACAAACUUGUACCAUAUUCGGAUGAAAAAUGUACCACAUUCGUUCCGAAUAUGGUACACACUCAUCAUCGUCAUCGUCAUCAUCAUCAUCGUCAUCAUCAUCAUCAUCAUCAUCAUCAUAACUACAAUUUGCAUCAACGUCAUCAAUACCAUCAUGAAAAUAAUCAUCAUCGUCAUCAUCAUCAUCAUCAUCAUCAUCAUCAUCAUCAUCAUCAUCAUCAUCAGCAUCAUCAUCAUCAUCAUAAUCAUCAUCAUCGGCGGCCGGUAAUCAUUGGCGUCAACAUAAUAAAAAACUUUUUUCAUCAUCAUCAUUAUAAUCAUUAUCAUCGGCCGAUAAACAUCGCAGUUAUCAUCAUCACAAUCAUCAAACCCCAAUCAUCAUCACCAUUGUCAUCAUCAUCAAUUACAUCAUCAUCGUCACCAUUAACGCCAUUAUCAUCAUCAUCGUCAUGAUGAUGACAAAAGUUUUGAUGAUGAUGACGACGAUCAAAAUUACCGUCAUCAUCAUCAUCACAAACUUUUAUCAUCAUUGUCAUCAUCAUCACCAUCAUUAUCACCACAAUCAUCAAGGUCAUCAUCAUCAUCAUCAACACCAUCAUCAUCAUCACCAUUAUCAUCAUCGUAAUGAAGAUCACAAAAAUGUGAUGAUGAUAACUGCGAUGUUUUUCGGUCGAUGGUGAUGAUGAUGACAAAAGUUUUGUAAUGAUGAUAACGACGGUCAGCACAUCAUCAUCAUCAUAAUCUACCGAUAAAAAUCGCCGUCAGCAUCAUCAAAACACAUUUGUCAUCAUAAUCAUCAUCAUUAUAAUAAUCAUCAUCGACCGAUAAACAUCGCUGUCAUAAUCAUCAAAAUACGUUUGUUAUCAUCAUCAUCAUCAUCAUCAUCAUCAUCAUCACAUCAAUUAUCAACACCCCAAUGAUCAUCAUCGUUGUUAUCUUCACCAACACCACCAUCAUCAUCACCAUCAAAACCAACAUCAUCAUAUCCAUUAUCAUGAUCGUAAUGGUGAUCACAAAAGUUUUUUUUGUGAUGAUAAUGACAGCGAUGUUUUCGGUCGAUAAUGAGGAUGUUGUGAUGAUGAUGACGACGAUGAGAAUAUCAUCAUCAUCAUCGGCCAAUAAACAUCGCCAUCAUCAUCAUCACAAAUAUUUUGUUAUCAUCAUCAUCAUUAUCAUCAUCGUCGGCCGAUAAACAUCGCCGUCAUCAUCAUCUAAAAUCUUAUCAUCAUCAUUAUAACCAUCAUCAUCGUCCGAUAAACAUCGCUGUCAUCAUCAUCCCAAAACGUUUGUUAUCAUCAUCAUCAUCAUCAUUAUCAUCAUCAUCAUCACCACAAUCAUCAAACCCCAAUCAUCAUAACCACUGUCAUCAUCACCACCACCACCAUCAUCAUCACAAUUUUUUUACCAUCAUCAUCAUCACAAAUGUUUUGUCAUCAUCAUCAUCACAUAUUCAUUUUACAUUUUGUAUUUUAUAAUUUGUUUCAUUCAAGAGAUUCAACAAACUUGUACUUUUUUCAUUUAUUGGUAUACUGACAGGAUUUUUCAAAGUAAUAUUGAAGAACAUAGAACAGCAUUUAAAUUUUAAUCCAACUGUAGCAUUUUGACCAGACAUAAUAUACAUAUAUACAUUCAUUUUAGUAGCAGCCAAAAUAUCCCAAAUGUGCUUCGUAAAAAGUUACCAUUAAAUGAGCAAAUGACAACAAAUUUCCGGUAGAAGAACAUAAUCAUCAAUCACAAAAAUAACAUAACAGGUUUCCAAACACCGAUAUACAUGUAUAUUUCACCUGUAAUGUCUGUACAUGACAUCUAUGAUAUCAUACCAACCGAUUCCACUAACACGCAAACGCAGCCAUGCGUUUGCCCAUUUUGGCCCCUUGAUGAUUUCUUUUAUUGCCGAAAUAAGACCGCUGUUUCUGCCCGCUCUUGUUAAUAGGAAACGAACGCUAACAGGAUUUCUGUUACUAGUAUCUAGUCCAAUAUCCGGCCGAAUGUAAAUUCUAGGUGUUUGCAAACUCAUUGACCUUAUUAAAUCUCUAAAGGGUUUGCCGACCUUCGCCAACACAAACUGGAUUGACGGGUUUGAUUGUAUGCAGAACUUAAAAAUUUCAACUUGAAUGUGAAGUGGUAACAUCAGAAAUGGAAAAGUCGUUCGCCUCUGUGCCCUCCUAUUGUUUAUCAUAUCUUGAAGCUCUUUCAGGGCUGAACACACAGAGACGUCACCGUUGUCGCCAGAGUCACCGUUG